CUCAGGUACAACAUUAUCAAAUGUCUUAUCGUAGUGGAUCGUCGGCGGAAAUUUGUUGGAUUGACCGACCUCUAAGAAGAAAAAAAAAGUUAAUUCAACUCAAUUCGCCGUUUUUUUCUCCCCCAAACGGAGGCACACGACAGCGAUAUUAGUUCCAUUAACGAUGGCGGCAGAGGUCACGCCACUCCAGCAGCUGAAGCUGCCUUCUGGGCCUUCGCCAAUUACCGCAGAGCAGCGAUAUUGGAAGUCAUUCAAGAACCAACUUGUGCUUCCAUCGCCGACGCAAUACCCCAUCACACACAUCACCGUCCCAGCGACGAAUCCAGAUACAAUUGGCUCCUCCAACAAUGACUAUUUCGCCGUCACGACCGGCACCCGAGUCCAGAUCUACUCUAUAAGAACAAGGAAGCUGGUAAAGACGAUCACUCGUUUCGGGGACAUUGCGCGGAGCGGAGACGUACGGCGGGACGGUCGUAUAUUGGUGGCUGGAGACGACACGGGAAAGGUCCAGGUAUUCGACGUCGGGUCGCGAGCCAUUCUGAAGACAUGGACGCAACACAAACAGCCGGUAUGGACGACCAAGUUCUCGCCGGCCGACCUCACCACUCUUAUGAGCACGAGCGACGACAAGACCGUGCGGCUAUGGGACCUGCCUAGUCAAGAGAGCACGUCGACGUUCGUAGGCCACGGCGACUACGUGCGCAGCGGCAGCUUCAUGCCCGGGACCAUGUCGAACAUGUUGGUCUCCGGCAGCUACGACGCGACGGUCAAGCUCUGGGACCCGCGCACGCCCGGCACGGCCGUCAUGACCUUCAAGCACGCCGCGCCCAUCGAGGACGUGCUGCCGCUGCCGUCCGGCACCACCGUGCUCGCCUCGUCCGAGAACCAGAUCUCCGUGCUCGACCUCGUCGCCGCCAAGCCGCAGCACCUCAUCUCCAACCACCAGAAGACCGUCACCUCGCUCUCGCUCGCCUCCAACGGCCGCCGCCUCGUCUCCGGCGGCCUCGACGGCCACGUCAAGAUCUUCGAGACGACCGGCUGGAACGUCGUCGCCGGCGCCAAGUACCCCUCCCCCGUGCUCGCCGUCCGCGUCGUCACCGCCGGCGCCAACGACGACGACCGCCACCUCGCCGUCGGCAUGCAGUCCGGCGUGCUCUCGCUGCGCACGCGGCUCACGGGGCCCGAGGCCGCGCGCGAGCGCGAGCGCGAGAAGGAGAUGUCGGCCCUGCUCGCCGGCACCAUCGACGCGCACGACCAGGCGAGCAAGAAGCGGAAGCAGCGCCACGCCGCCUCGCGGCGUCUGGACAUGGUGGGCGAGGGCGCCGACGUGGUCAUCGCCAACGACCUGUCGCGGCCGCGGCGCGAGACGGCGUGGCAGAAGGACCUGCGGCACGGCCGGUUCGGCGCGGCGCUCGAUCGCGUCCUGGACGCGCGCGCCAAGGACCACAGCUCGCUGACGGUGCUGACGGUGCUCACGGCGCUGCGGCACCGCAGCGCGCUGCGCGACGCGCUCGAGGGCCGCGACGAGAACACCGUCCAGCCCGUGCUCAAGUGGGUGCAGACGCACGUCGUGGACCCGCGCUACGUCGGCGUCUGCGUCGACGUCGCCGCACACCUGCUCGACCUGUACGCCGAGUUCGUCGGCGGCAGCGCCGAGCUCCAGACCGCCUUCAAGACGCUGCACCGCCGCGUCCGCCUCGAGGUCGAGAGGGCGCAGAUGGCGACGCAGACCGGCGGCAUGCUGGGGACUUUGCUGGUUGGGAUGGAGUGAUGAUGAUGAUGGUCAUGGCCAUGGGGUUUCAGCACUGGUUUUGCUUAUUCGGUUGUACGUUACGUGCUGCCUUAGAGAUAAGUA